AGUCAAGUCAACAUUUACGUUCAUGGGGAGAAGACGUGUAUUUUAGUUUUAAGUAAACAAAAUUAUCGUAAUAAAUCAAAAAUUUUAAUAAAUUGACUUGGGGAUUAUACGAGAAAUAAGAAACAUAAUACGUUUCUACCGAAACUUUCGGGUUUUGUUGAUUUACAUCUUGUAAUUUGAAUUUUAUUAUUUUAUUUGUUCGUCUUUACACUGGAAAAGUUGUAAACAAAGAAUUAGUGAAACAAAAACAAUGUGGUCUCAUUUACAACGUGGAAGUUCACCAGUGGACUGGUGUGAAUCUAAUUAUUCUAUAUCACCAGUAAUUGCUGAAUUUGUUAAUACCUUUAGCAAUGUCCUGUUCUUCCUGUUGCCUCCAGUCCUGAUUCAUCUGUUCCAAGAAUAUUCCAAGUUCUUCAACCCAGCUAUUAAUGUGCUAUGGGUACUGUUGAUGGUAGUUGGGAUCUGCUCUGCAUACUUUCAUGCUACACUGAGUUUAGUGGGGCAGCUUAUGGAUGAAUUGGCUAUACUGUGGGUGUUCAUAGCAGCGUUCGCGAUGUUCCUGCCUAAGAGAUACUUUCCUGCAUUUUUAGAUGGAAACAGACGUCGCCUGGCUAUCUACUCCGCCAUUACGUCGGUUCUACUGACCGCCUUCCUAGUCAUGCAUCCAGCAGCUAACGCAUUCGCAUUGAUGACACUCGCUCUGCCGACGCUUGGAUUUAUGUAUGGCGAGUUGGUGAGAGUGAAAUGUUCGCGUGUAUAUCGCCUGGGUGUGCGGUCUGUUGCCGUUAGUCUCCUGGCGAUAUUCUGCUGGGUCAUGGACCGCAUGUUCUGCGACGCGUGGCUCUCCAUCGACUUCCCUUACAUGCAUGGAGUGUGGCACGUACUCAUCUUCAUCGCCAGCUACACUGCCCUCGUGCUAUUCGCGUAUUUUAACGCCACUGAGGAGAGUCCCGAACAAAAACCUCAGCUAAAGUACUGGCCAGUGAACGAAUUCGAACUAGGCAUACCAUAUGUAACCAUGAAACAUCCCUGCAAGACAGACAAAAAUCUAGCAAUCUAGUCAUUUCAGAACUAGUUCAUCCUAGGGCUAGAUCUACUACUGACAGUUUUCGAAGGCUGAGUUACCUUUGAUUUGAAAUUUGAAUGGUCCAUGCACUUAUCAUGUAGGUACCUAUGUAUUACUUAUCAGUUGAUAAAAUUGGUGUAUCUAUGUAAGUAAGUACAUAGAUAACGUGUAGGCACAUAUCUAUUUAAUGUUCUUUUAAAUUGCGCCAAAAAUAUUUUAUUCUAUUUUUAUGAUGACAAUGAAAUGUUUAUGAAGUAAUAAUUUGAAAUUGUUACGAUGUUUGUACGCGUGAAGUAAAUUGCGUUUGAUAAUGGGCUCGAGUAGAGUAGAUUUAGUUGUGUAGAUACUUUGAAAUCUACAUUAAUUUGAUUAAAAAUCUACUACUUUCCAUGAGAGUUGAAUACUAAUUGACCUGCUAUUUUUAAUGCGCUGUGAUGCGAAGGUUUAUUUAUUUAUUACUUUAUUUCUUUUAAAAAAGGACAAAAAUAAUUUUAAUUUUACUUUUAAAGUUUUAU